AAGAAGGAAAGUAAUCAGAAGAAAAAGUAGGAUUUAAUGAAAUAAAAUAAUUAAUAAACUGCAAAAGAAAUCAGAAGAAUAAACAGGAUUUAAUUAAAUAUAAGAAGAAAUAAAACACAAUAAAACAUACAAAGAAACACAUAAAGCUACUGAAGAUGCUUCAUUAACUAAUUUCACCACCUGCUACCGAAAUAUGACGCAGUUUGAAAUAUCUGACUAUUAAAGCUGCAAACUUUAAAAAAAAUUGAUAAAAAUUAUUAAUAACCUCACACAUAAAAGUAUUAAUAAUUUAAAUCUAAACAUAAAAGUAUUAAUAAUUUGAAUCUAAUCACGUAAAAGUAUUAAUUUAAAUCUAAACAAUAAAAGUAUUCAUUUGAAUAUAAACACAUAAAAAUAUUAAAGAUUUGAAUCUAAAUACAUGAAAAUAUUAAUAAUUUGAAUAUAAACACAUAAACCAUCAAUAACCUGAUCCCUCUGUUUUCGUCUCUUUUUUCCGAGCCUUGCUGGUUCCUUGAACGCCUCAGCAGAGGUCAGGGGUACACGCGCUCAUCAGGCCUGAUUGAGGUCACCUGUGUGACGCGGCCGCUCGAGCUUCCUUGAGGACAGAGGUUGCCGGAGUUUACCGGAGGUUACCGACUCACCGGAGCCGCCGGUGGAGCCGCAGGAUGCAGAAAGGCCUGAAGAAGUACUUCGUUAACAUGGACGAAUAUCUGUCCAGCCUCGGCCUCUACCGGAAGAUGGUGGCGCGAGACGCAUCCAGCCUCUUCAGGGCCGUUUCAGAACAGUUGUAUUUCUCUCAGAACUACCACCAGAAGAUCAGGCUGGAUUGUGCAAACUUCAUGAGAGCCAAUAGAAGCAACUUUGAGCCGUUCGUUGAAGGUUCCUUUGAGAAGUACCUGCAGCGUCUGGAGGACCCCAAGGAGACGGUGGGUCAGGUGGAGAUCAAGGCUCUGUCCCAGCUGUACAGACGUUGUUUUCUGAUCUACCGUUACCCGGGGAAACCGGCCACGAUGAUCUCUGAGGAUGACUUUGUGGACAAGGUGACGCUGUGUUGCUCCAUCAACGGUCACUAUGACAUCGUCUACCCGAGGAGUUACCCCGCCUCCGCCGCCCUCUGCCAGUCACUGCUGUACGAGCUGCUCUACACUCAGGUGUUUGCUGUGGAGGAGGAGGAGCUCUGUCAGGCCAUGGAGGCCUUCAGGGUCGGAGGGCGUCGCUAUAGAAACAGUCCGUCAGUAUGCAGCGAUGUGGACGUCGGCUACGACACACCUGAGGACCGAGGACAGAGGGAGGAGGUGCAGGCGGGUGGAGCCGCAGAGAAGAACCGACUUCUGAUGGACGACUUCAAGCCCCCUGCUGAAGCUCCGCCCCCCUCCAGACUGUCUCUGCCUUAUAAGGUCAUCAAGUCUCUGGAUGGAGAAGUUUACAGGAACCUAGAGUUUGACGUGUGGCAGGACACCUGUAAAGAGAUGCAGAAGACGGACUACAUGGUGUUUGCAGGGAGGCAGUACUUCCUGGGAGACAAGUGUCAGGUGCGUCUGGAGCCAAAGGGGAAGUACUACAACGCCUUCAUCCAAGAAGUAGGAACUCACUCAACAGCCGUCACCGUCUUCAUCGAGGAACUCGGAGAGAAACACCUGGUUCCUCUGACUGACCUGAAGCCUGUUAAUCCGGUUCCUGCCUGGAACGUUGCUGCUCCCACCAGAAAAGGAGAUCUAGACGCCGACUCCCGCGGUCAGCGUCAUCACCGCCAUCGCUACUUCAGGAAGUCUCGGGGCAGCAGUGGGGUGAAGGGGGUGGAACUCCUGAUGCCACCGCCGUCCACUUACGGCAGCCCCGCCCCCUCCGCUCUGCCCCCCCGAUUCCAGCCAGCAGGCCACCCCCGCCCACCUGCCCCCCCCUCAACUGGAGCCAUGACCUACGACCCCUACACCCCCCCACACCACCCCCCUGCCACCAGACCUCCUCGCUAUGCCUCCAGAAGCUCCACCCGCUUCCUGAACCGUCACCUGAUUGGACCACAGCUGACCUAUUACCAUCCUGGCAGGAGAUACUACCACGACUACGAGAACUACGCCUUCAGGUCCCGUCGCAGUCGCCGUCAGCUGGCGCUCAACAAAGAGGUCCAGUUUGGAUUCCCAGCCGAGGCGGUGGAGGAACCGGCGGACCUGGAUGCUGCCAUCGCCUACUACCAGCUGGACGAUGCCAAUGAUAGCGUCUUUCCUCCGCUGCCGGGUCCUGCUGUAGCUCCUUCCCCUGUCAUGGGAGCCACGCCCCCUCCACCUGGCUCCUCCCACAGAAUCCAGCGAGGCUCGGGGCCCCUCCCACCAGCACCUCCACCUGGAAACACUCCGGUCUGCUCGUCGGAGGAGGACCAGGAGGACACGAGCACCGUGGAGGACCAAGCUGAGUACAGCGAGGAGUUCCUCUACGGCACCCAGGAUCAGAGCUACCAGCCGUCAGGUGUUUACACUGCUGCUGAGCCCUCCACCAAUCAGGACGAACAGGACGACAGAACCGCUUCUCCAGAGAGACCCGACAUCAACACCUACACCUACACACAACAGGUGGUGAAGCCGCUCACUGUCAUCUGCUCUUCACCUUCAUCCUCCUCCUCCUCACCUUCUUCUCCAUCGUCACGAGUUCCUGCAGCUGCUCACCUGCCACCGGCCGCACACGCUCAGACACGCUCAGUCGCCAUGGCGAUCCCCGCCGCCUCUCCCUGGUUGGUCAACGAGCUGGGCGAGCCACUGUGCACCGUUGUGGCUCCGCCCCCUUACUCCUACGACCCCAAUGGCAGCGACUUACCGAGAGACUGCAGGGUUCUCCAGUACUACUUCAAUCUGGGCAUCCAGUUUUACCACCAGAGCUGCUGGCAGCAGCAGGUGUUUCCUUCCUCCUCACCUGACUCCUCCUACCAGCACUACCCCACCUACGUGAGCAGCCAGGACCCGCCCCUGCAUGCUGCCCCUCAGUCCUCCCAUCAACCGCCCCCCCCCUACCCAGAAUCCACCAGGGCAGCAGACGGACAGACGGAUGGACACGCAGUCCCCGCCCCCUCAGCAGAAGGCCCCUCCUCCUCUGCGAUCAGCCCCGCCCCUCCAGGCUCCGCCCCCUCUUCCGCCAUGCUGUACCCGGACCAGAUGUCCGUCCAUUCGCUGCUGCACCUGCCGUAUGAAGCUCCGCCCCCUGCUGCCUACCUCACUGCUACCCCGCCUCCUCACCCUGCCCACCUGCCUCAUCACUCCUCCUACCAUCCCUGCCUCCCUUCCUCCACCCACUGGGGGCAGCUAACUGGUGGAAGCCACGCCCCCCGACUUUAUUGCCCCGCCCCCAGCCCCGCCCACGUGGUUGGUUACAUCACUGCCCCACCCACUCACCACACAGCCACCCACUACAUCCCACCCACCAUGUAGCACACAGCUAACCGUGCUAGCAGCGCUAACGUGUUAACAGCGCUAACGGUUGUAACAGUGCUAACCAUGCUAACUAAUGAAACUUCAUAUCUUUUACACAUAAAAAAUAAAUGUUUUUCUCUUUGUUAGCAUGUUAGCACAUUAGCUUAGCAUUGAAAACAAUGCACGUUAGCCGGUGGCCCCCUGGUUCCUUCCUGUUAGCGUUCCUUUAUAAAUUGAUUUGCUCGUUAAUGACGCCAUCCUCUGUUGCCGUGGAAACAAAGCGCCCACUUCUUUUGUUGUUGUGUAUUGGUCGAAAGAGCCGACCAAUCAGAGGCCUCGGGCCGGGUGCGCUCAGUCCCUGUUGGUAUUAUGGGAUGUAUUUGUGUUGACUGAUCAUGUGAAUAAAGUUUAGUUUCACCAGCA